AAACGACUACAUGAGAUGAACAAAACGGCAACGCGGAAACCAGGACUCGUCUUCUCCUUCUGGCUUCUCCAUUUUCCCAAUGCGCUACUCUGUCUUCUGCUAUUCACCUUUAUCUCUCUACUCCGCCUUCUGGCUUCUCUCUCUUCUAAAACCUCUCCGGUUCGACGAAAUCUGAAGCUUUUUACAAUCACAUCACUCGUUUUCUUCAAUCUAACCUUGAUUUUCAUGUCAUGAGUACUCGCCACCGCCCUCCGCCGCCGCGCCCUGGUCCGCCGGACGAAAACGAACCCUACAAUAUAAUACCCAUCCACAAUCUCCUUGCUGACCACCCUUCCCUUCGUUUUCCCGAGGUUCGUGCUGCCACUGCUGCCCUACGAGCAGUGGGUAACCUCCGGAAGCCGCCGUAUGUUCAAUGGCUCGAUCACAUGGAUAUUCUCGAUUGGCUCGCCCUCUUCUUUGGGUUUCAGAAGGAUAACGUUCGGAAUCAACGGGAGCAUCUUGUGCUUCAUUUGGCUAAUGCUCAGAUGCGCUUAACCCCUCCUCCUGACAAUAUCGAUACCCUCGACGCUACCGUUUUACGGCGUUUCAGGAAGAAGCUGUUGAAGAAUUACACCAAUUGGUGCUCCUACUUGGGGAAGAAGUCCAACAUUUGGAUCUCGGAUCGUCGGGAGGCGGAUCAGCGCCGCGAAUUGCUUUAUGUUUCGUUGUACUUGCUGAUAUGGGGUGAGUCCGCUAAUUUACGCUUCGUUCCUGAAUGUAUUUGUUAUAUUUUCCAUCACAUGGCCAUGGAACUGAAUAAGAUUUUGGAGGAUUAUAUUGAUGAGAAUACCGGACAGCCUAUAUUGCCCUCUAUAUCGGGCGAAAAUGCUUACCUAAAUUGUGUUGUUAAACCCAUUUACGAGACCAUAAAAGCUGAGGUUGAGAGUAGCAAAAAUGGUACUGCCCCACAUCGUGUUUGGAGGAACUAUGACGACAUUAACGAAUAUUUUUGGAGUAAGAGGUGUUUUCAGAAACUCAAAUGGCCCAUUGAUGUGGGUAGUAACUUCUUUGUGACUUCUAGCAGGAGUAGGCAUGUAGGGAAGACUGGGUUUGUUGAGCAGAGGUCUUUUUGGAACUUGUUUCGAAGUUUUGAUCGUCUAUGGGUAAUGUUAAUUCUAUUUCUCCAGGCUGCAAUUAUUGUUGCAUGGGACGGGAGGCAGCCAUGGUUUUCGUUGAGGGAGCGAGAUGUCCAAAUUAAGCUUUUAUCUGUGUUUUUCACUUGGAGUGGCUUGAGGUUUCUGAAGUCAUUGCUUGAUGCAGCGAUGCAGUAUAGUUUGGUUUCAAGGGAAACUUUGGGACUUGGAGUGAGAAUGAUAAUGAAAUCCAUUGUUGCUGCAGCAUGGACUAUUCUGUUCGUGGUGUUUUAUGUGAGGAUUUGGUCGCAGAGGAGCCGAGAUAGAGUUUGGUCUACUCAGGCUAACAAGGACGUCGGCAAUUUUCUUAUUGCAGCAGGCGUUUUUAUUGCUCCAGAGGUUUUGGCGUUGGCUCUUUUUAUCCUUCCAUGGAUUAGAAAUUUUAUGGAAGAGACCAACUGGAAGAUCUUUUAUAUGUUGUCCUGGUGGUUUCAGAGCAGGACUUUUGUUGGCCGUGGGUUGAGGGAAGGCCUAGUGGACAAUAUUAAGUACAGCUUGUUCUGGAUUCUGGUGCUUGCUACAAAAUUCGCCUUCAGUUAUUUUCUGCAGAUCAAGCCCAUGAUGGGUCCGACGAGAGCACUGUUGAAUUUGGGGGAUGUGACCUACGAGUGGCAUCAGUUCUUUAGGGGGAGUAACAGAUUUGCUGUCGUAUUACUUUGGCUUCCUGUUGUCUUGAUCUACCUCAUGGAUUUGCAGAUUUGGUAUUCAAUCUACUCCUCUUUUGUUGGGGCAGCUGUUGGGUUGUUUGACCACUUGGGUGAAAUACGGAAUAUGCCACAGUUGAGGCUGAGGUUCCAGUUCUUUGCCAGUGCCAUUCAAUUUAAUCUAAUGCCUGAAGAGCAACUUCUGAAUGCCAGGGGGACACUGAAGAGCAAGUUUAAAGAUGCUAUUCAUCGGUUGAAGCUUAGAUAUGGUCUUGGCCACUCUUAUAAGAAGCUUGAAUCUAAUCAGGUUGAGGCAACUAAGUUUGCUAUAAUAUGGAAUGAGAUAAUAACCAUUUUCAGGGAAGAAGAUAUUAUCUCUGAUCGUGAGGUUGAGCUAUUGGAGUUGCCCCAAAAUUCUUGGAAUAUUAAAGUUAUUCGCUGGCCAUGUUUCCUUCUCUGCAAUGAGCUAUUGCUUGCACUCAGUCAGGCCAAAGAAUUAGUAGAUGCUCCUGACAAAUGGCUCUGGCAUAAGAUAUGCAAGAAUGAGUAUAGACGCUGUGCAGUCAUUGAAGCUUAUGAAUCCAUUAAGCAUUUGCUACUCCAGAUUCUUAAGCAUAAUAGUGAAGAGAAAUCAAUUAUGACAGUUUUGUUCCAAGAGAUUGAUCACUCUAUCGAGAUUGAGAAGUUCACAAAAACAUUCAAUAUGAAUGCAUUACCAGAGCUCCAUUCCAAGUUGAUCAAACUUGCUGAACUAUUGAACAAACCUAAGAAAGACACUAACCAAGUUGUGAACACUCUACAGGCCCUUUAUGAAAUUUCCACUCGAGACUUCUUCAAGGAGAAGCGAACAGGUGAUCAACUAAUAAUUGAUGGAUUGGCUCUCCGUAACUCAACUUCAACAACUGGGCUCCUUUUUGAAAAUGCUGUUAAGUUUCCUGAUGCUAGUAAUGAGAGCUUUUACCGCCAGGUUCGCCGUUUGCAUACCAUUCUUACGUCUCGGGACUCUAUGCAUAACAUACCAAUAAAUCUUGAGGCAAGGCGCCGACUUGCUUUUUUCAGUAACUCCUUAUUCAUGAACAUUCCUCAUGCUCCUCAAGUUGAGAAAAUGAUGGCUUUCAGUGUUCUGACCCCCUAUUAUAGCGAAGAAGUAUUAUACAGCAAAGAACAGCUUCGUACUGAAAAUGAAGAUGGAAUCUCAAUUCUCUAUUAUCUUCAGACAAUUUAUGUUGAUGAAUGGAAAAAUUUCCUGGAACGUAUGCACCGUGAAGGGAUGGUGAAAGACAGUGAAAUUUGGACAACCAAGCUAAGAGAUCUUAGGCUCUGGGCAUCAUUCAGGGGUCAGACACUAACCCGAACUGUGAGAGGAAUGAUGUAUUAUUAUCGAGCUCUCAAAAUGCUGGCAUAUUUGGAUUCUGCUUCUGAGAUGGACAUUAGGGAAGGAUCACAAGAACUUAAUUCUAUGAGACGAGAAGGUAGUAUUGAUGGUAGUGCCUCAGAUAGGUCAAGUCCGUCUAGGAGCUUAAGUAGAAAGGGCAGUUCAGUAAGUUUGCUUUUUAAAGGCCAUGAGUAUGGGACUGCUUUGAUGAAAUAUACUUACGUGGUUGCCUGUCAGAUCUACGGGACCCAAAAGGCCAAAAAAGAUCCUCAUGCUGAGGAAAUUUUAUAUUUGAUGAAAACCAAUGAGGCCCUGCGAGUUGCCUAUGUUGAUGAGGUUUCUACUGGGAGAGAAGAGAAAGAGUACUACUCGGUUCUGGUAAAAUAUGAUCAUCAGCUAGAGAAGGAAGUGGAGAUUUACAGGAUAAAGUUGCCUGGUCCCCUGAAGCUUGGAGAGGGUAAGCCGGAGAACCAAAAUCAUGCUAUUAUCUUUACACGUGGUGAUGCAGUACAAACAAUUGAUAUGAACCAAGAUAAUUAUUUUGAGGAGGCACUCAAAAUGAGAAAUCUCUUGGAAGAAUAUAGGCACAAUUAUGGAAUUAGGAAGCCCACUAUCCUGGGAGUUCGAGAGCAUAUUUUUACUGGUUCUGUUUCAUCACUUGCUUGGUUUAUGUCAGCUCAGGAAACUAGUUUUGUCACAUUGGGUCAGCGGGUUCUAGCUAACCCAUUAAAAAUUCGUAUGCAUUAUGGUCAUCCAGAUGUGUUUGAUCGUUUUUGGUUCUUGACUAGAGGUGGAAUUAGUAAAGCAUCCAGAGUAAUCAACAUCAGUGAGGACAUAUUUGCUGGCUUUAACUGUACGCUGCGUGGAGGAAAUGUUACACACCAUGAAUACAUCCAAGUAGGCAAGGGGAGGGAUGUUGGAUUGAAUCAGGUUUCCAUGUUUGAAGCCAAGGUUGCUAGUGGAAAUGGGGAGCAAAUUCUUAGUAGAGAUGUAUACAGGUUGGGUCACAGGCUCGACUUCUUCCGUAUGCUAUCAUUCUUUUACACUACUGUUGGAUUCUUUUUCAACACAAUGAUGGUAACUUUAACUGUAUAUGCAUUCUUAUGGGGGCGACUUUAUCUUGCUCUUAGUGGCAUUGAAAAUAGUAUUGCUAGCGAAUCUAAUAAUGGGGCACUUGCUACAAUAUUGAACCAGCAGUUCAUCAUUCAACUUGGUCUUUUCACUGCACUGCCAAUGAUAGUAGAGAAUUCGCUUGAACAAGGCUUCCUUCAAUCAAUCUGGGAUUUUUUGACCAUGCAACUCCAGCUCUCAUCUAUAUUCUACACAUUUUCGAUGGGAACUCGUGCUCAUUAUUUUGGAAGAACAAUUCUUCAUGGAGGUGCAAAAUAUCGGGCUACAGGCCGUGGUUUUGUCGUGCAGCACAAGAGUUUUGCGGAAAACUAUAGGCUUUAUGCUCGUAGCCAUUUCAUUAAAGCAAUUGAACUUGGUUUGAUCCUUACUGUUUAUGCAUCACACAGUGCAGUAUCUUCUGACACAUUUGUUUAUAUUGCCAUGACCUUCACGAGUUGGUUCCUCGUAAUUUCAUGGUUGAUGGCCCCGUUUGUAUUCAAUCCUUCUGGUUUUGAUUGGUUGAAGACUGUAUAUGACUUUGAUGAGUUCAUGAACUGGAUAUGGUAUCGUGGCAGCAUAUUUGCAAAAGCUGAACAGAGUUGGGAAAGAUGGUGGUAUGAAGAGCAGGAUCAUUUAAAGACAACUGGGUUUUGGGGAAAGGUGCUGGAGGUGAUCCUUGACCUCAGAUUCUUCUUUUUCCAGUAUGGUAUUGUAUAUCAGCUUGGAAUUUCUGCUGGCAGUACGAGUAUUGCUGUUUACCUGCUGUCUUGGAUAUGCGUGUUUGUGGCCUUGGCAACUUAUGUCGUUGUAGCAUAUGCUCGGGACAAAUAUGCUGCAAAAGAGCACAUCUACUAUCGGCUUGUCCAAUUCCUGAUUAUUAUACUUGCAAUAGUCGUUAUAGUUGCCUUGCUUGAAUUCACAUCAUUCAAAUUCAGAGAUAUAUUCACUAGUUUGCUGGCGUUUCUUCCCACGGGAUGGGGAUUACUGUUGAUUGCUCAAGUACUCCGUCCCUUCCUCCAUUCGACCAUACUCUGGGACAUUGUUAUUGCUGUGGCACGAUUCUAUGAUAUAUUGUUCGGAGUGAUCGUCAUGAUUCCCGUGGCAGUUCUAUCAUGGUUACCUGGGUUUCAGUCGAUGCAGACGAGGAUCUUAUUCAAUGAAGCUUUCAGUAGAGGCCUUCGAAUAUUCCAGAUUGUUACUGGAAAAAAAUCCAAGGUUGAUCAAGAUUGAGGGUUAAAACGUCAGCAUCAGAUGUAGAGAAAUCAUACAAUUUAGUCGCCAGUGUUCGUGCUUUUAUCCAGAAUCGCUUUGCAUAGUCUGAGGCAGAUGUGAACUCUCCUACUUGUGAUUAUAUUUGAUUCACGUUUCAAAUUUGUGUACGGAUCAGCUUCUCAUAGGUAAAUUUGUUGGUAAUUUUGGGGGAAGUUUUAUGUAUUAUAUCCUCCCACAGAAGAAUCCGUUGUAAUAGAUUUGUCUGAUCCGAUUAUUGCUCGAGUUAUUGACAUUCUUUCUUUCGCAUUUGCAGUUAUUUGUUGAUGUAAAAAUGAACAAUGCUUGUAGCUUUCCAUAGCCUUAUACUUCUACUUAUUGAGUUUAUACAUUCAUUUUUUGCAGCCAAUCCUGACAUCUGCUGUCGUUGGAACACUUUCCAUUUUCAUCUUGGCCAACUUGUAAAUAAUAGUUAUUUUAGAUUACAUGAGUUCCAAAGAAUCAACAUUACCAUUUCAUCGUGAAGUUUGGACACGGAGUUGAGUUAUGAAAUUUAGAUUUAAUAUGUAGUUAAAAAA